UGAGAGUUGACUGUCGGUGACAGCACAACUGGACACAUUUGGACCGUUUGACAACAUCUGCUGUCAAGAUGUUACGGUGGUUAUCUAACGAUGACCGUCACAAGGAGCCGGAGGUGUACGACAAUGUCGUGGAAGGACUGAAGAGGAUAUAUAAAUCAAAGUUGUUGCCGCUAGAGGAACACUACAGAUUUCACGACUUUCACUCCCCGCCCCUUGAUGAUCCAGAUUUUGAUGCAAAACCGAUGAUUUUGUUGAUAGGACAAUAUUCAACGGGUAAAACGACUUUUAUAAGAUAUUUAUUAGAGCAGGAUUUUCCUGGAAUGAGAAUAGGGCCAGAGCCGACCACUGACCGGUUUAUAGCGGUUAUGUAUGGGGAUCAGGAAGGAAUGGUCCCAGGAAAUGCUUUGGUUGUUGACACCAAAAAACAGUUCAGACCAUUAUCAAAAUUCGGUAAUGCAUAUUUAAACCGAUUCCAAUGCUCCUUACAGAAUAACUCAGUUUUGAGAAGCAUGACAAUAAUAGACACACCAGGAAUUUUGUCUGGAGAAAAACAAAGGGUAGACCGAGGCUAUGAUUUUGCAGGUGUUUUAGAAUGGUUUGCUGAACGAGUCGAUAGGAUUAUUUUGCUUUUCGAUGCUCACAAACUUGACAUAUCAGAUGAGUUCCGCAGAGCAAUUGAUGCAAUCAAGGGAUAUGAUGACAAAAUUAGAAUUGUUCUAAAUAAGGCAGACAUGAUAGACCACCAGCAGUUGAUGAGAGUUUAUGGAGCUUUGAUGUGGUCAUUGGGAAAAGUCUUAAAUACACCUGAAGUUGCCCGAGUUUUUAUUGGUUCCUUCUGGGAUCAGCCACUGCAGUUUGAUAUGAAUAGAAGACUUUUUGAAUUGGAAGAAACUGAUUUAUUCAAAGAUUUGCAAAGUCUUCCUAGAAAUGCAGCACUACGGAAAUUAAAUGACCUUAUUAAACGAGCUCGUCUAGCUAAGGUCCAUGCCUACAUCAUCAGCAGUCUGAAGAAGGAGAUGCCGUCGAUGUUUGGCAAGGACAGCAAGAAGAAGGACCUGAUCAACAACCUGAACAACACGUUCACUUCACUGCAGCAGGAGCACCAGAUCUCGCCGGGCGACUUCCCCAACCUGAAACGCAUGCAGGACCAGCUGCAGCACCACGACUUCACCAAGUUCCAUGCCAUGAAGCCCAAGCUGAUCGAAACCGUCGACAAGAUGCUGUCCGACGACAUCGCUAGACUCAUGCAGUUGAUCCCCCAUGAGGAGGCCGAGAACAUAAAGAAUACCGUCGUCAAGGGAGGUGCCUUCGAGGGCUACAACGAGAGCCCGUUUGGGAUUGGGAAGGGAGAGGGAGUUGACAAAGGUCGCGGGGAGCACGAGUGGGUCGUCGCGCAGGAGAAGUACGAGUACGAUGAUUCGUUCGAGAAGCUGAAUCCUGUGAACGGGAAGAUCACGGGAGCCGCGGCCAAGGGCGAGAUGGUGAAGUCGAAGCUGCCCAACUCAGUCCUCAGCAAAGUGUGGAAGCUGGCUGACGUCGACAAAGAUGGGAUGCUCGAUGCCGAGGAGUGGGCGCUAGCCAACCAUUUGAUAAAGAUCAAACUCGACGGCCAUGACCUUCCAGCUGAUUUACCAGAACAUUUGAUUCCACCAUCUAAGAAGGACUGUGUAAACUGAAACUGUUUAGAAAACAAAUAUAGUAGAACACUUCAUAACCUACAUAGUUGUAGUCUUGGUUAAUGUAUAAAUUUAAUACUUUUCUGUUGCCCCUUAAAACAACGUCUAUGUGUAUUAUUAGUAGCUGAUUUGAAAAAAAAAUCCAACUAUUUUAUGCACUGAGGUAAAAACAAACUAUAUAUGCUGAUAUCUUAAAAACAGACACAACACUUAAAUACAUCUGCAAUGUUUUUUAGCACUGAACCAAUGACACAUAAGUUAAAGUGUGGUGUGGAUUUGUUUAAAUUGAAUUCCAACUAACAGAUAGAUGCAGUAAUAUUUAUAUUUAUACGCGUUACAUGGGAAUUUGGCAGCAAGUGCAAUCUAUGACAUUUUCUAAUUAAUUGAUGUAUAUAUGUACAUGUAUAAUUUAGUGCCCGGUAGCUGUAUUAAAUGGACAACGUCCAUUUAUAAGUGUUUCCUCCUACCUGUAAAUACUGCCCUAAAUCAUAAUAUGUUUACAUAAUAACAUUGCAUAAAUACAGUCCACACAGUUCAAUAGUGCUAAUUAUGGAAAGGCUGCUCAGAUGAAUUAUAUUUUCUCGGUUACGAGGGCUGUAUAUGUAACAUGUUCUGAGACGUGUACACGUACCAGUGCAUGUAGUUCAUUGAACUUCAGAACUGCUUUAAUCAGUAUGCAUUCAUAUACAUGUACAAGAAAGUGUAAGCAUGUAAGUCAUGAAUGUGACAAUGGACUAAGAAAAUGUAAUUUUACACCUGUAUUAGUUUUGUCACUGUUUAUAUAUUUGUACUGAGAAACUCACCAUUAUUCCUAACUAAUAUACUGUACAAUAAUUUUUAUGACAAAGCCAAAUCAUUUAAAGUGGUAUUCCAGUAAUGUUGAGCUUCUUGUUACAAUUUUAAAAAUAUAAUUAAUUUUGUGCAUUAAAAAGAUAUACAUGUUCAUACAUGUACUCAAAAUUGUCUUUGAGAAGUAAGAUUUCCAUGGAUUAAAGUGAUAAUUCACUAAAAAUAUUGGAAGAAAGAUAAAGCUGAUGACAGGAUGUUUAAUUAAAUUUAAUUUAAUUAUUACAUUUCUGUAUUAUAAUUAUUAUUUUAAAGCACCGUUCUUUUUACAUCUCAGCAUAGUAAUUAAGCAUAUUAAAUACAUGCAUGUAUAACAAUGCAACAGUGUAUGAUCCAUAUUCAGAAAGAGGUAUUAAAAUAAAAUCUAAAAAAUUAUUUUAUAAAUAAUAAUCCAAGUAAGGAGGUGUUUUUUUGGUAGAUUUGUUUCUAUUGAAUAUACUAUGAAAAAAUAUAUAGGCAUAUACAUGUUCAUGAACUACAUGUAUUGUUGCCACAUGUAUUUGUUUGUUUUGGGGAUUUUGGUUUUAUUAACUAUAGGUGCAUACAUGUGCAUUUAUCCCAGCAGCUGACAAUCUUUUGUGUCAAAGGAAUUUUGAAUUGGGUUCCUUUAGCAACUGAACUUUUGCCUAUCAUAAUUAUUUAGCAACAAAUCCAUUCUUUUUUACCUGCUUACAUCUUAUGUGUCUAAUUUCUGACAGUUUUAACUUCAUUUCUGAACAUUAUUUGGCAUUGUGUUUGAAGAUUUGUGAUACUUAACACAUUUUUGUUUAUCAGAGUACAUGUAUAUAUACUGCUGACAAUUUUCGGCAAAUACUUUUCAGAUCGUUUAAUGUUGAGUUAACAUGACUUAAUUGACUAGACUCUGAGCCUUAUCACUCGCUUGCAGAGCAUAGAGCAUUAACUAUCAGGGAACAUUUUGUUUUCAAAAUCUCGAUUAGCAAUAUUUCUAGUCAGUUGAAAAUUGAUUAGUAACUACUGUUUAAUGUUUUAAAAUUGUGUAGCGAUCUCUGAAACUUGUUGUGAAUCGCGACGCGACACUGAACAAAAUGUUCCCAGACAAUGUCAUUGUCUUUCUGCUGGAAAUGGCUUUGAGCUUGCCGUUCCAGUUCUUUUCAUUUCCGUCUUGCUUUUGUUAUCUCAGCUUGUGCUUCGGGUGUUUGUUUUUGGCCUGCCUCUUUUCUCUUUACCUCGUGUUCAGAGGGUUCAAUGUGAAUACCAGUCUUGUGGUGAUAUAUUGGCUUCGUCAGAGUAUGACUUGUUCAGCUUCUCUAUCUGCUAAUUUGAUGUUUGGCUCAAAUUAGUUAAUAGUCGUGCAAUGAUUAAAACCAAAUUUCCUGAUGACAGUUCUACUAGUUAUCUCCCAACCCCAUGGUAAUUUCUGUAUGCGUUUGAAUGUUUUAAAAUUUUGUAUAUGUAUGGAAUGUUGAUUAUUAAUGAACUAUGUUUGGCUGCAUAAAUGCUAUUGUAGUGUACUCGCAUAAUCUGACAACAGUCAUUCUCUGAUACGUUCAUGCACAAGUAUAAAUACAAAAACAUUGUUCACAGUAAAAUAUUGUAAACAUUUGAAGAACUACUCUGUGGUGAGUUCACACAUUCUUGUCAAAUGUAUCAUUACUGAGGUAUAUUCUGUAGAAUUUUUAUGGGUGUUUUUGUUUGAUGGGGAGGGAUUAAUAUUUUUUUUUAAAGUAAAUAAUUUAAAGUUAUAAUGUGACUGGGUUUUUUGGGUUUUUUCAAAGAUUUGUACUUUUUCGUUACAGUAUUUUUAUGAAUUGUGCUACUAGUAUGUUUAUUGGGUUUUAGUUGUCCUAUGAAAUCAUCUAUAAAUUUGUUUUAUUUACCCUGUCUAAACCCAUCAGAACUGAUGCUAUUCUGUCCAUUGAGGGUGAUUGAUCCUAUAACCCAUUGCACCUCAAGUAAGUACUCUUUCAAUGAGCUACAUCCUCCCCACUCACUGUUCCCAAAUCAUACAAAAUCAUGACAUAUUCAUGUAUGUAUAUACAGUCAGACUUCCAUAAACUUCCUAUAUAAACUAGUAAUAAUAGACUUCGAAAACUCAAAAACCUCCGAUCUCUGAAAGUAAUUUCUUAUCUGAAUAUACAGAGUUGGUAAGAAUUAAGCUUUCAAACCUCAAACAGUGGAAUGAUCAAGCUACCCAUUCUGCACAUUUAGCAGGAUUGUGUCAGAAGUAUAAGAUUAUGAGAUGGAAUCUCAAAAAAUAUCUAUAUUGAAUCAUUUUACUAUUCCAGCAAAAUCCUACAAACCAAUCCCCAAAUUGAGUGCCUGCUAUUGUUGGUGGCAGAAGAAUGAAUUAUCAGUCAUAUGUCUUGGCAAGUGGUGGCAGUCAGUGUUUCUGGUCGGGCGGGACGUGUUCCAGCCAGUGCAUCACAACUGUUAUAUUAAAAGCUGGUGUAUGUGCUAUCCUGUCUGUGGUGUGGUGAAUAUAAAAGAUCCCUUGCUGCUGUUAGAAAAAUGUAGAGGGUUUCCUCGCUAAGACUAUGUCAGAAUUGCCCAAUUUUUUACAUCCAAUAACUGAAUAUUUAUAAAUGAGUGUUCUAGUGGUGUUCUUAAAGAAAACAAACUUUCACUUUUUAAUGUUUCUGGUUGUAAUUACAGAAAAAUGCAUCAUUCACAAAGGUAAAUAAAAUGUAUCAAUCUAUUGUGUUGUACACAGUAUAGGGCCUUGGUGCAUUAUGCCAUUUUGCUGUCUUGCUGCCUUCAAAGAUUCUGCCAGCAAAACUAUGAAAAUUCUGAUUAAAUGCUUUGUAAUACUAAUGAUAUUGUUAUGAAAGACGAUAUUAAAUGUUAUAAUUUUUUCGUUAUUAUGAACUCUCUCUUUUUGUGCAUUCAUGUUUUAUUUUGUUGAUUUGCCUUAUAUGAAAUCCGUAAAAUAUAUUAUCGCCAUCACAUAUUUCCAUUUCUGCUUUUAACUACAUAAUUAUGUAUGCUGAACUCGACUGAAAAUAGGCCAGUCAGAUUUAUAGUUGUUAAAAGGAUAUGAGAAGAAAAAACAACAACAUUUAACUGAUUUUGUAUAACUGGAUGUAUUCUGGUUGGCAAUGAAUAACCCAAAAUUGUAUACAUGGGUUAGGGUUAGUGUGUGUUGUAUACUAUACAUGUAGCAACACCACACAAACGAUAGCCAUAAUAAGUGAAAAUUGGGUGGUGCUAUUUCAAUGUAGUUCAGUAUGUGUUUGUGCUUUCUGUUUUCACUUCAUCUGUCAAUAAAUACAUUUAAAUAUAAAUUUGUGCAAUUAUGUAUGCUAAAUUCACUUUAAUUAUUUACUUUAUUUUGUGUUUUAUUUGGUAUUACAAUGUACAACAAUGAAACAUUGCAUUGCAUUUUCCAGAAUAUGAAAAAAAAAAAAUCAUAUUAGUUUUAUUUUAAAAUUUUAAAUUUUAAGUGUCUUCUAUGAAGUUAAAAAAACUCAAACUCCAUAUUUCUUUGUCCCCUUCAAAUUUAAUUUAUUGAAGUUAACUGUAUUUUAUUCAUUUAAAACUAAUUGGGAUUUUUGGGCACCAAGUACACAGUAUAAGCAUGCAUACAUACAUUUGUAAUGUAUCUAGUGGUGUUUUUUUGUUGUUAUUGUUACAAUAUUAUAUGGCAUAAUUUGUUCAUCAUAAAACCACAUGUUCAUUUUCAUAUUGGGGUAUGUAAAUAAUAUUUCAUACCAGGGUUUAAAGUAUUAUUUUCCACUUGUUAAAAUGUUUCACAGCAUACACAGUUUAAUGUGGGCUUCUGUUUGUGUGUGUGUGUGGUUUCAGAAAACAGUGUUUAUCUUAUUUAAAAUGAAUAUUAUUGGUAUAAUGGUGUGUUUUGUAUCCGUAGUUCUGUUAAUUACAUAAUAUAUUUCUGAGUUUAAUUUUGUGCAUGUACACAUGAGAACAUUUAUUUUAGAUAUAUGAAUAUGUUUUAUAUUAUAAUAUUACAAACAGAGAUAAAAUUAAUAUUAUUUUAAUAACUUGAUGAAUACAAGUUGUUGGUAUAUUGAAUAUCUUUCUGAAGCAGGCUACGGUAAUAUCCAUUAAUGGUGGUGUCUACAUAACAGAGGGGUUUUUAAAAUCAAAUACUAAAGUUGACUUUGGCAAACAUAUAUAAUUAAUUUGUUCCGAAACAAAUAUAACAAUGUCUAUUUUCUGUUUAUUUUGUGCAUUUUGUAAAAACUUAUAUUCGGCAAACUGGGUGGUAUCAAUGAAUGUGUGCCAAAUAACUAAAUAAUUUUGGACUGCAGUAUGUUGCACACACUAAAUGUGCAUUAAUUGGUCUUUAAUUUAUAACAGAUAUAUCUUUUCUAUAGAUAAAAGUAGUUUUAUUUUACAAUUGCAAAAGAUUCAUGCAGUGAUAAAAACCCUCUUUAAUUAUAUAACAGAAGAAAUAGGGGAAAACCAGGGACAUUUUCAAUCUAUAAAAUAUAGUAAUAUACAUGCAUAACAUUUUAUUAAUUGGCAUGUUAAUAUUGUUAUUUAGCAAGAUUUAUUGGCUUUGUAUUUGUUGCUAUAUUAUGUACAUGCACAGAUGUUUUUGUGCCAUUAUACAUAUUUUGUAUUUGCUUUGCUUUAUGCAGUCAUUGUAGUACAAGUAUAUUAAAGAAUUACCAAACCCAUUUAUUUUUUUUGUAAUGUAUUUUUGUAAACUCGAAAAUAAUUAUUUUUCAUAAAAAGACACUUUCUUUUAUUAUCAUAAAUAUUUGCGUACAAGAAGUCUUAUAUUUUUUUCAGAUGCACAGUUGACACAGGUAGUAUUCAAUAGCCUAGUACUAUUAUUUGCUAUAUACUAGUGUGGUAAAUAUAACAAGUCAUAUAAUUAUAUUAAUGUGCUUCAGAUGUACCGGUAAACAGGGUCUGAACAAUGACUAAUACAUCCAGAUUUUGUCAUAUACAAGACUGGUUUCUAUUCAAGACCUCAUGUUUUAUUUGUUUAGGUACAUCGGUUCAUCCAGGUAUUAUGCAAGACAUUGUUACUUAGUGAUGUCCAAAGGCAACUAUACCCAGAAAAAAUUAUUUAAUUUCCUUUAUAAUUUGGAUAAUGGAAAUAAAUGGGUAGUUAAAUAUCUUUCUGCUUUUACGGAAUGAAAUUUUGUUCCCAACAUGCUAAAACACCACUCUCAUGAAUAUAUGUUUUAAACCUGCAACAUAUUUUGGUUUUUCUACAAUAGUCUUUCAAAGUAUGGUAUAGUUUCUUUUGGACAUCAAGUAUAUUUGAGACCCAGGCAAUGAUUAAGUAUUUACUCAUGCCUUUAUAAAACUGAGACUAUGGAAGUACUUUGUGUAUAUCACCCUGUGCAUACGAGUGUAAAUCCAUUUUCAUCGGCCGAUGUCUUUAAUUUUCAUUUAUCAACAUUUUGUUGAUUUCUGUUGGUUAUCCCCCAUUUUCACUUUUUAAUAUAUCUUUUGUAUAUUUAAUAUCUGAACUUUUCUCAGCAAUUUUUUUUAUGGAUAUUGCUUGAAUUUAUCACAUCCAAUGCUUAUGUACCAAAACUGAUGAUGACAAAUUAUGUUAAUGUUCCAACCAUUUUUUAUGGUUACAUACCCCUUCCUUUUCAUUUUAUAUUCACCUUAUUUGCACCAACUAAUCAUAAAUUGUAAUUACAAUUAAUACUUGGUACAUACACUUUUCAUGUCCAUAAUGCAAACACCUUGAAUGAACUCUGCAAUGAAAUCUUAUAGAAAGUGAACCAAUAGUAUUACCAGGAAACUAUUUGAUUGGCAUCCAGUUAAGAAUAUUACACAAACUGCAGAAUAUUCCGGCAUCAUAUGCAAAAGCUUUAUGGCAUGGAUUACAUUCUUAUAAACAUGGGGCUAGUAGAAAUUGUCCGAAUCGGCAAGAAUAAUGAAGACUACUGGUAGUUAUAAAAGUUUUAUAGUCCCAGAAGGCAAAUUAUAUUUAGAAGUAAUGGUGACAUUGACCUUUUGUAUUUAGUUGUAUUCACACUUGUGAAUAAAGAAACACUACCAUGCAUAGUUGUUGAGAUCGCAUGGCAAAUAUGUGACAGUAUGUCACCAUGUGGGAUUUUGUUGGAGAAAAUAACGUGCACAUCUAGAAGAUCUUCAUGCCAUAUACUGUAAUGGUUGGUGUAACCAGAAGGUGGUCAUGCCCCCACCUCCAGUCACAAUCUCCACUUCCCUCCACAUUAUAAUGAUAUUGGCCUGUCAUAAAAUUCUAACAGGUCUUACUAGGGUGGGGGUUUGUUUGAAUUCACAAACACACACAUUUUUAAAUGCCAAUAUAUAAUUGAAUACAAAAUUUGUAAAAACAACCACUUUUAAGUAUAUUAUUAUCAUGCUAAUAGGAAGUGAAACUAAAAAGUCCCAAUAUUGAUAAAUGAAGGUCGCACUUCUAGAAUAUUUAAAAUCCUAUUUUCCAUAAAAUACAUGUUUUUUAAAUUUUGUUUCUGUUUAAUUUUCAAAAUCAUUUGCAUUUCUUUUAAAAGCAUCUAGAAGGGUGAAAUAUGGUUUUUUUUUUAAUGGAAAUAAUACUGUAAAACAAAUUUGUAUGAUUAAGGACUGGGUUUUUUUGGGUGCAAUAUAUGGAGUUGUGGGCCUAUAAUUACUAUAAAAAAUGUGUUUAAUGUAUUUAAGAAAAGGAUAUUUAUAAGACUAAGAUAAUAUUGUAAAGGUGCUUACUAUCACUACUUAACACUACUUUCAUAAUGGGAUUUAAUAUACAUGUACUAGCAUACAUAUUUAUAUUUGCAUGGAAUAUUCAUAUCUAUGUUUACACUUCCUUUUGUUUGAAGACUGAACAUCAUAAUUGUAUAUGAAUGCAUGCAUUCUCUGAAAAUGUUUCAUGCAUGAUAUAUGGAUAUUGGCUUCAUUUGUUGUAGAUAUGCUUAAUAUUAAAAAAUUAAAAGUCAA